GGAUGUCAAUUUGCGCGUGACAUCUCCAAAAAAAAAACGUCAAGGUCGAAUCUGGAGCCCAACUGCCGAACGGAGAGAGAGCGAGAGCCUUUCUCUCAUCGUAACUAUAAAUACACUAACAGAACGUUUUGUUGUUGUUUCCACUACAUCUAUUUUUUUAUUUCCCUCUCUAACACACACACACACCAACGUUGCCUGGCUUUUCUUUAUAUACUUCAAUUAACCGAGAAGCCUCACCUGGAGAUUGCUUCUCCAUCUUUGUUGUUCGCCGCUCCUUCUCAUUUUACUAGGUCGCCUUGGCGCCUGUUUUAUAUACGUCCCCCUAUUUCCUUUUCUUUCUGUCGAACAGGUGGAGAGCCGCUCCGACAACACUACACACUAUCACUAGAGCCGAUCUUUCUUGCCUAACAUGCAUCAGCGCACUCGUGCUCGCGCCACCACUCUCUCCCGCAACUCUAUCGUUCCCUUCAUCCUUCGCGCUACGGCGCGACUUCGGCACCCUCUCAUCUUCACCUUCGGUGCUCGCCGGCAUCGUUGUUUCGGCUUCGCGUGCGCCUCCGCCGAGCAGCCUGUGCUUCGUCACCUCGCCUCGCGUCCCGCUGUGCUCUCCACGACUCUCUUUUCCACUACACUGUCUACUGUGUCUGUCACUGGUCCAAAGUGUUCGUCAUCGCAGCCGUCGAUACGCGCAGCUCGCUCCUCGUCGCACACCACCGACUACACCGCAGCGCUGCGUCUCAGCAGGAUGUCUGCUGCUACCUUGCACGCCGGAGUGCAGAGGAACGGCAUGCCAGCCAACCUGCCUGUGAAUGGCACCGGAAAGCCUCCGCAGCAGCCACACGUCGUGGUCCACAAUCUCGGCGAAGGGGGCGAUGCGGGGGUCGGUGCUGAGGGCGUGGGUCGUGCUGCUGUUGCGGGGGACUUCCCCGCCCCGCCGCAGCAGCACCGCCGCCGUUCCUUCCAGGAUGCCGUGGACGUGGUGACGAAGAUGACAAGCCGCAAGCCGAACAAGUGCCCCGACGCCUUUGAAGUCACAAAGCGCUUCCUCGACCGCCUCGGCUUCGCGCCCAUCUUGGAGCGCAUUCGCUUUGUGCACGUCGCCGGCACGAAAGGAAAAGGGACGACUUCGGCCUACACAGCAGCCCUGCUGCAGGCCUACGGUUUCAAGGUUGGUCUCUUCACCUCGCCGCACCUGACCGACUUGCGCGAACGCACGGUUGUGGACGGACGAUUGCUGGACGAGGCCACCUACGCGCGGUACUUCUUUGAGUUCCUGGACAAGUACGAGGCGCUGCAGUUCUCGAACAGCCAGCUGGAUCGCGACAUUGCGGCGCCGUCCCGCGCGAACUUCUUUCGUUUCAUGUUUCUCUUCUCCUUGUACGUCUUUGAGCAGGAGAACGUGGCCGUGGCGGUGAUGGAGGUGGGGCUAGGCGGUCGCCUUGACUCGACCAACACCGUGCCUGCCGAGGUGAGCGUUAUCACUGCACUGGGCUACGAUCACAUGGAAAUUCUGGGCAACACGAUCCAGGAAAUCGCCAGCGAGAAGGCAGGAAUUAUGAAGCCUGGCGUUGUCUGUUUCGCCGCACCGCAGGUCGACCACCCAGAGACACGACAGGUGUUGGAAAAGCACGCCAAGGAGGUGGACGCGCCACUUAUCUUGCUGGACAAGGACGUGCUGCCAAUCCGAAGCUGGCCGCGGCUCGCCAUAGGUGGUAUUCACGCCGUCGAGGACAGCAAGCUGGCGUUGAUGGCGGCGCGUCGCGUUGCCAAUAUCCCACUCAUAUUGCCGCUGGACGAGGUGGAGAAGAGCGUCCUCCAGACGAUGACCUACGCUGGUCGCUCGCAAAUUGUGCCGAUUGACGGUGGGGCGGACACAACCCUCUACCUGGACGGCGCCCAUACACCGGAGAGCAUCGCUGGUGCCACGGAAUGGUUUCUGGAGGCGAGCGCGGCGACGACGAAGGACGCGGCUCCGCGUCGCGUGCUCGUCUUUUACACCUCGCGUAACCCAAAGCGGAUUUUGAAGGCGUUCAUGCCGUACGUGUCGAAGUUCUGCAAGGUGGUGGUCGCGCAGAUUGCGAAUCCGCGCAUGUCCUCGCACUCCGCCGACCCGGGCGACGUUGACGGUAGGAUGAGUCAGUCGAGGGAGGAGAUGGUGACGACGACGGAGUGCUGGCGCAGCAUGUACCGCGAGGUGCCGUGUCUGCCGUGCGCGUCUCCCUUCGACGCGUUGGAAGACAUUUUGGAUUUGGUGGUCCCGGCAGCGAGUGACGGCGAGGACGCAUCCAAGCCCGCACAGGUGUUUGUAUGCGGCUCCUUCUACCUGGUGGGGGAUAUCGUGAAGCUGGCUCGCACCUACGAAGCGGGUGAACGUCGCCGAGAGUGA